UCAAGCAUUCUCCCAGAGUCACACUCGGAGAGGGAAGGCGAUGACUUCCAUGGGGUUGCAGAUGACGGGGUGCGCCAUGGGCCUGCUUGGCUGGAUCGGGGUGCUCAUCGUCUGCGGCACGCCCAUGUGGCGGGUCACGUCCUUCAUCGGCAGCAACAUAGUGACAUCCCAGGUCAUCUGGGAGGGCAUCUGGAUGAACUGCGUGGUCCAGAGCACAGGCCAGCUGCAGUGUAAGGUGUACGACUCCAUGCUGGCUCUGAGCAGCGACCUGCAGGCGGCCCGGUACCUGAUGGUGGUUUCCAUCGUCACCGGCAUCGUGGGGAUCUUCAUAGCGUUCUUCGGCGGGAAGUGUACCAACUUUAUCCCAAACGAGAGGGCCAAGGCGAGGGCCUCUGUGGCAGCAGGCGUGUUGCUGAUCAUCAGCGGGCUCCUCUGCCUUAUCGCCGUUUCAUGGACCGCCUCCAUUAUCAUAAGGGACUUCUACAACCCCAUGCUGAUGUACGCCCUGAAAAGAGAGCUGGGGGCCUCUCUGUACAUCGGCUGGGGGGAGCUGGGCAUUAGCCUGUCCAUGAUUGGCGUCGCCGGGACCAUCCUGAUCUGCGCCCUGCCCAUGUGGAAGGUGACGGCGUUCAUCGGCACCCAGCUGGUGGUCAUGCAGGUGUUCUGGGAGGGCCUGUGGAUGACCUGCGUCAGCGAGUACACCGGCCAGAUGCAGUGCAAGCUCUAUGACGCCCUACUGGACCUGUCGCCGGACCUGCAGGCGGCCCGCGGCCUCAUCUGCAUCGGCCUGGUGCUGGGGUGCCUGGGCUUCCUGGUCUUCCUCCUGGGGGCGCGCUGCACCAACUGCCUGGGCCACCCAGCGCUCAAGGCGCGGCUGGUGCUGGGCUCCGGGGCCGUCUUCUGCCUGGCGGCACUCGUCACCGUGGUCGCCGUCUCCUGGACGGCCAACUCCGUCAUCAGGGACUUCCACAACCCGCUCGUCCCCGAGGUGCUCAAGAGGGAGCUCGGGGCGGCCAUAUACAUCGGCUUUGUCGUGUCCGGCUUGCUGUUCUGCGGGGGGGCCAUACUGUGCACGAGCUGCCCGCCACGGAGGGCCGGGUUCCCCUCCGGCAGGUACAUGCUGGCCAAGACACCCACGGGCAGCAGCUACGCCAUCAAGAACUACGUGUGAGGGCAUCGAUCAAGUCCCCACUGAAGGAUGCAUGCAUUGAACUGUAUGAUAUGAUGGGCUGUAUGUAGAUAUUAAACAACUAAAUGUGUUUGAACAUAUAGAAGGACUCUUACGGUGUGCUUUGCAAGUCAUUCUAAUAUGAUGUCCUUUUAGAGACUUGUGGAUUAUCCGUUAUCCAGACCAGGUUGACCUUCCUUAAGGCCCAGAGCAGUAGGUACUGAUAGAGGAGCUCUGCUGUCUCUCUUCAUGGAAUCCUGCAUCGAGGGGCAUGAGGGGAGUCCAAUGUCUAAAGAUCACAACACACACACACACACACACACACACACAGAGGCUUGCAGAAGAAACGACGUCAUGAUCUCUGCCUGCAUUUGUACGCGUAUAAGCCUGGCUGGGAAACAACCGUAUUUAGUAUUUCCACAAUUCUGUACAUCCAGCACAGGUUAAAUACCCUUUGAAGAGCAAAAAACGUAUGAAUUGAAGUUGGCGAUGCAUCUUGAUCACAUAUUUUUUUCUCACUUGUAUUGCUGUGUGUUGCUUCUCUUCUUAAUAAACCUUCAGUUUAAGACACCGAGUCUCCCGCUGCUUCUUCAGUCUCCAGCUCAUCUGCUCACAACAUUUCCAUCACACACAGUGUCAAGUUGAAGACCUUUACCAAUU